UCAAAAAAACUAAACAUCAGUCAAAAGUUUCCCCACAAAUCAAAGCCAUGGUACAAAAAUGCUAAAGAGAUAAAACAAUGAAUUUCAACUUGCCUGGAUUACAAACAAUUGCUUGCAAAAGCUAAUCUUCAAGAGAAAAUAAAAACAUUGAAAUGAAAUGGCAGAAACUGCAGCGUUAUAUGCUUUGCAAGAACUCUGUAACUUUGUAGUAGAAGAAGGAUGCAGACACAUAGUAGAAAAUGGAACUUUACUGGCAGGGUUUAAGAAAGACUUCAUUGACAUCAAAGAUGACCUUGAGAGCAUCCAAGCCUUCCUCAAGGAUGCUGACACAAAGGCCGCUGCCGAUGGAGGAGGAGGACGAGCCAACGAAGUAGUCAAAACAUGGGUGAAGCAGGUACGAGAUGUAUCUCUUUGCAUAGAAGAUGUAGUUGACGAGUAUGAGUAUAGCAAAUAUGUGGCACAAUGGAUCGACCAUUCGAGAAUUAUAGCCUUUCUCCAACCGCUUCCUGCCUUGAUCAAAACCAAGUAUACAGAAUACCAGAUUGCUUCAAAGAUUAAAGACAUCAAGGAAUCACUUGGUAAAAUCAAAGAAAGAAUGACAACACUUCUGUUUCAGUCUGAAAGUGAAUCUGGAAGCUAUAGAGGAACUAAAGCUCCUAGAAUUGAUAAUACUCGAAUGGCUUCCCUAUUCAUUGAAGAGACUCAAGUUGUGGGGAUUGAGUCUCCAAGAGAUGAAUUGAUUAGUUAUUUGGUGUCCGGAACCAGUGACCUGAUGUUGAUUUCUGUUGUUGGCAUGGGAGGACUUGGAAAAACGACUCUUGCUAAGUAUGUUUUUAAUAACCAGUAUGUGAAAGAGCACUUUGAUUGUCACUAUUUCUUCACAAUUUCUCAGUCCUACACUCUGAGAAAGAUGUUGAUUGAUAUGGUAAACAAGUUUUGCGUGGACAAUAAUGAGCCUAUUCCCAAGUCUCUAUGGAAGAUGGAUAACAACACAUUGAUUACUCAUGUAAGGCAACAUCUUCAAUCAAAGAGGUACUUGCUUUUGUUUGAUGAUGUUUGGAAAGAAGCAUUUCCUGAUGAAAUUAAACAUGCCUUAAUUAGUAAUAACAAAGGAAGUAGAAUCAUCAUGACCACUAGAAAAAUGAAUAUAGUAGAAUAUUUUAAGAAAUCUGUUUCUGUACAUGUUCACGAGCUACAGCCUUUGACACCAGACAAAGCAUGGGAACUUUUUUGCAACAAGGCAUUUAGAGGACAAUGUCCAAUAGAACUUGAGGAGAUGUCCAAUGAAAUUGUUCAAAAAUGUGGAGGACUACCACUGGCAAUUGUGGCCAUUGGAGGUCUUUUGUCAACAAAAGCUAAAACCAUGUCUGAGUGGAGAAAGGCGAGUCAAAAUCUAAGGAUGGAGUUAGAGCACAACGUGCAUUUGACUAGUCUAACAAAGAUUUUAUCUCUUAGUUAUGAUGAUUUGCCUCACCACUUGAAAUCUUGCAUGCUGUAUUUUGGUAUAUAUCCUGAGGACUACACCAUCAAUCGGAAGAGACUUACUCGGCAAUGGAUGGCUGAAGGGUUUGUUAUGAAUGAGGAGACUAAAUCAUUGGAGGAAGUUGCUGAAGAGUACCUGACAGAGUUGGUACAGAGAAGUUUGGUUCAGGUUUCCAGAGUUGGUUUUGAUGGGAAAGUCAAAAGUUGUCAAGUCAAUGAUUUGUUGCACCAGGUGAUCAUUAGAAAAAUGAAAGAUUUAAGCUUUUGCCAUUUAAUGCACAAAUAUGAUGAACAACACAUGGUUGGGAUAACUAGGCGCAUUUCUAUAGCAUCCAUCCCCAACAAUGACUUGCGAAACACUAGCAACUCUGGCAUUCGUGCUAUUUUUGUUUUUGACAGAGAUGAAUUUCCUAAGCAGUUCAUAGAUGGAUUAUCUGCCAAGUUCAAGCUUUUGAAAGUACUUGAUUUUCAGAAUUCUUUGUUGAAUUAUAUUCCUGAUAACUUGGGAAAUCUUUUCCUCCUAAGGUACUUGAACCUGAGUCAUACAAAAGUUACGGUACUUCCGAAAUCCAUUGGUAAUCUAGUCAACUUAGAAACAUUGGAUCUAAGGCAAACAAAAGUGCAUGAAUUACCAAUAGAGAUAAACAAGCUCACAAAGCUAAGGCUUCUUCCAGCUUAUUAUAGAGAUUAUGAAGGUCAUUAUAAUAUUUUUAACUUUACAACUGGUGUAAAAAUGCAAGAGGGCAUUGGAUGCUUGAAGUCAUUACAGAAGCUUUACUUUUUGGAAGCCGAUCAUGGUGCAUUAGGCCUUAUCAGAGAGCUCAAAAUGUUGACACAGUUAAGGAAGUUAGGCAUACGAUGCGUGCAGCAACAAUAUGGAAAUGCACUAUGCGAUGCAAUACAAGAGAUGAAAAACCUUGAACCUCUUAACAUUACUGUUAAAGAUGAGAAUGAAAUCCUUGACUUGGAUUUUAUAUCAACUCCACCACCUAAUCUAAGAGUUCUCAACUUGAAAGGCGGAUUAACAAGGUUGCCUGAUUGGAUUCCAAACCUCCAGUAUCUUGUGAAGUUAAGACUUGGUUUAUCUAACUUCAAUGAUGAUCCACUAGACUCUUUGAAGAAUUUAACUAGUUUAUUUAGGCUGAAUUUGUGGGAUGAUGCCUUUUCUGGUGAAAGAUUACAUUUUCAGAGAGGAGGGUUUCCGAAGCUGAAGGAGUUGGAACUCACAAGAUUAAAUAGACUAAGUUCUAUAUCUAUAGACGAAGAUGCUUUAGUUAAUCUUGAACACUUCAGAUUUAAAAACAAUCCUCAGUUGAAGGUUGUACCAGAAGACCUCCAAAACUUGAAAAACCUUCAAUUCCUUGGAUUUGCUGAAAUGCCAGUUGAACUAGUUGAUAGCAUUGAUCCUGAGAAAGGUGGAGUGUACCAUCAGAUUAUCAAUCAUAUUCCCCUUGUACGAAUUCGUCAGAAUGUAGGAUCAAGACGUAUUCCUACUCAAAUCAAUGUUUGAAAUAUCAAGAUUCAGGUUGUCUAUCAUGCAGCUCACAUGAAGAUGCACUUUGUCUUUCUUCAUUAUGUUAGACCGAAACUGAAUGUGGCAGUUUGUAUUCGGCGAAGCAAUUAUUUUAGGGCAGUUAUGUUUUCAUCGUUAUGUCAGUUAUGUUUUGAUAAUUGAGUCAGUUAUAUGUUUUAAGAAUAAAUAGGAGAAAGGGCCAGAAAUAUAGAGAGUUAUCUCGAUGUUAUGUUUGAUCCAACUCUCGGUCAUUUGGGAAGCUCUCGAAUCUUGGUGUGUAUGUGUUCUUGUAAUUCUUUGUAAAAUUUCUGUCAUUAUUGUAUUGUGUAUGCAAUCUGGUUGUGAAUUAUUCUGCCAGAAUUGUCAUCAAUAAAGUGUUCGUAUUGUGCAAA